AUGUCAUUUGUACCGAUCAUCUUUGGUAAAAAAGAUUGGGAUUCCAGACAUCCAUUGGAGUCUCAGUACAGUGGGAUAUAUUGCCCAAAUUGUCAUAAUUUUCAAGUGAAGCCGGUCAAGAGAAGAGAGUUUAUCUCACUUUGGUUCGUGCCGGUGUGCCCAAUUUUCUGGGGCAACCAAUUGCAUUGUCCGAUCUGUAAUUGGCGCCAAGACUUCAAGACAGAGGAACAGUUGCAAAAAGUGAUGAACGAACAGAACAAGUUGCGACAGGCGUAG